CUGUGUGGCCCUUCUCCCCUUUGUACGCCGCUGUCCACAUCUCUGCCUCAGCACUUCCGCAAACCAAUAUCACCAAUGAUGGAUCUACAGCCAAAGCCCAUGCGCCGGCAUGAGAGGCAACAACGGCCACGGCAUGGGAAUCUCCACCUCGGCCUCCAUGGCCUCGAUGUCUAGCAAGGGCAACCUUCAAGAAGAAUCUGCCAGCGCCUCCAACAAAUUGGGCUACGGACAGGAGUCGGAGAGCGAAGACAAGGAUGCGGAGCGGGAGCGGGAGUUGGAGGUCACGGAUGUGCCCUUCAGAGAGUUGCAGCAUGAGAGGGCUUACAGGUCGCUAGUGUGGGCCGCUCUACAGCCAAAGCAGCCACGGAGAAGAAGGCUCACAGGGCUAGCAGUCAUGUUCUUGAGCAGAAUUUCAGAUCCGCCCUAAAAGGACCUAGGGCGGCCGCCCUGGCUCGCCCUAGUGGUGGAUCCGCCUAUGGUUACUUGUGAGUGUGUACCACCAAGCUUGUUCUUCAUGUUUGAUUUGUUGGAUUUGGAGUCUUUUGACUAGAUUCUCUUUGCGCCUAAGUCUGUGAUUUUGCUUAGGAUUCGGAAGGAUCGUGAGUCUUGUGGCAAAGGUCGCCCUCCAGAUCGGGGAUGUCGAGCUGGUCGUUGUUCCGUGCCCCAGCCUUGAUCUGAUCAAGGGUGGCGUGGAGAAGGGUGGCUCGGCCUCAAUCCGGUUAAGGGUCCUCGCCGCCGCUUGUUCUGGGUCGUCACCCUUCAGAAGCUCUCGAGGACUUACCAGUCAUGAGCUAAUUGCUAAACAAGGCAAUUGUUUAACUAGUUGCUUGUAAAUGAUAAAUAUGGACUUACCAGUUGCUUGUAAACAACCACUAAAUAUUGCUAUACUUACCAGUUUGUGUAAGUAUUCAAACUUAACUUGGUUCACUAUUUCUUUUCAACCAUUACAGUGUCUACUCAAUUUCAUGUACUUGUAAUCUUGUUAAAGGCAGUCCAAGUUUGAAGUGGAUAAAACCUCAAUCCAUGUGAAAAAAGCAUGUGUGGCUAUGCUGAAGAAUGUUGUUCGCCACUACAUCAAGAUGUUGAAGAAUGCUGAAGAAUGCAAUCCAAGUUAAAGAAGAUGUAUUUUGAUCCUCUUCCACUACAUCAAGUGCCCAAGAAAUGUGUUGAUAUUUGUUUGAAAUGUGUUGAGACUUGUAAUGGUGAUGGCAUUGACAUGUGUAAGUCUUGCCAUUUUCUCUGUAACUAAUACCCUAUGUUGUGAAGAUGAGAUUAACAUGUAAUGGAGAUUGCAUUGAUCAUAUGUACCUGAUCUUUUAUUUU